AUGGAGCCCAGUGGACCGUUACACAACCCCCGAGACCACGAAAUGGCUCUGAGCCUGCAGCUCCUGGGGCUGUGUCCACGGGUGGAAGGCAGAUCUUCCCUCUGCUACGAGGCAGAACCCGGUUUCUCGCGACAACCGGCCCUCCGGCAGCCUGAAUCUCGCGAGAAAGACCAAUUGUCUCGCGGGAGCGUGGCUGGCAGACGGGCUGUCGAGCGGCCGUGGCCGGGGAAGAGGAGUUGCAUGUGUCACUUCAGCUGGUGGGAGCGGCGGGAGCGGAGGCGGCGGGAGCUGGGUGACCGCCUGGUCUGUUCAUUACCAACAGAGUACUGUGAAUAUAUGCCUGAUGUUGCUAAAUGUAGACAAUGGUUAGAGAAGAAUUUUCCAAAGGAGUUUGCAAAACUUAGUGUAGAAAAUUCACCCAAACAAGAAGCUGGAAUUAGUGAGGGUCAAGGAACAGCCGGGGAAGAGGAAGAGAAGAAAAAGCAGAAGAGAGGUGGAAGGGGUCAAAUAAAACAAAAAAAGAAGACCGUACCACAGAAGGUAGCGAUAGCCAAGAUUCCCAGAGCAAAGAAGAAAUACGUGACAAGAGUGUGUGGCCUGGCAACUUUUGAAAUUGAUCUUAAAGAAGCACAAAGGUUUUUUGCUCAGAAAUUUUCCUGUGGUGCCUCAGUAACAGGGGAGGACGAAAUCAUCAUCCAGGGAGACUUUACAGAUGACAUAAUCGAUGUCAUUCAGGAGAAGUGGCCAGAGGUGGAUGAUGACAGCAUUGAAGAUCUUGGAGAAGUGAAGAAGUGA